AUGUUUGACUUCAUUUUGGAUUACAGUCUGGCUCCCUCUUGUAUUAAUUCAAUUGGAUUCUUCUGCUUCCUGUUUGUCAGUCGGACCUUCGAUUGGGAGGCACCGGAGCGCGUGCUUCAAACAGCUCGGAGUCCAGUGUUCUCCCACCUGUCGUCGUCUCUUCAGGGCCUGUGGACCAUCCGAGCCUUUGGAGCAGAGGAGAGGUUCCAGAAAGCCUUCAAUGCCCAGCAGGACCUGCACUCAGAGGCCUGGUUCCUGUUGCUGACCACCUCUCGCUGGUUCGCUGUCCGUCUCCACGGCAUCUGCUCCAUCUUUGUUACCGUCACCACCUUUGGCUGCCUGCUGCUCAGAGACCGUGCAGCUGAAGUCCGCGGAGGAGGAGCUGCCCGGGCAGUUGGAGACGGUUCUGGCCGAGUCGGGCUUCAACUUCAGCGUGGGCCAGAGGCAGCUGGUGUGUCUGGCCAGAGCCAUCCUGAGGAAGAACCGCAUCCUGGUCAUCCACGAGGCCACGGCCAACGUGGACCCCAGUUUGUCUUCAAAGCUUCCUGCUGUAGCUGCUGGUCCUGCUGUAGCAAACGUGCAGUGAAAGCAAGACAGAUGAGCUGAUCCCUCAUCGUCUCAACACCAUCAUAGACAGCGACAGGAUACCGAUGAGAGCAGAGUCUUCUGACCACAACUGAGGAUGACGGACUUUCUUCAUCCACGUCUUCGUCGUCUUCUUCUUCUGCUGAAUGAAUGCAGACGGUGUACACAGAAGGGUGGGAGGGGGUCAUGCAGG